UCCUGCUCGCCAUGCUGCCCGGACGAAUCGGCUCCAGAAUCACAGCCGCCCCGCUGAAGGACCCAAGCACACCCCGGCCGGUGUUCUGCUAUGGCACGCUCAUGUCCCCGGAGAUCUGGGGAAAUACAAUGACCCAGUUCGGAUCCGGCCUGGACGCAAGACUCCCAGACGGCGUUCCGGCACAGCUGAUGGACUUCCGACGACACCGAAUCAUCGGCGCACAGUACCCUGGUAUCAUUCCGGCCAAGGGCCAUUCUGUUCGCGGGCGCCUCACCUACGUCGGCAACCACGAGCAUGUCAAGGUCCUGGACUUUUUCGAAGGCGCGGACUACGAGCGAACCACCGUCGCCGUUGUGAUCCUCGACGGCCCCAACACCGGCACCCAGGUUGAGGCAGAUGUUUACGUUUGGAUCGGCGGUCUGGAAUGCAUCGGUCCUGGGGACUGGGAUGCCGACAAGUUCCUACGAUCCCAGGCCUCAAAGUUCACGCAGUACUAGACGCACUCGCUUGCUCCGUUUCCGGGCUGGGUCCCAGCUGAAUGGUGGCAAACAGAGGGGAGAUGAUGUGGACGAGGCGUGUGCGCUCGAGGCCACACGGUGCCGGCGAUCGCAUUUCAAUAUAGACGAUAUGUUUUAU